AUGGGUGACGCUGAGCUGAUUGAUAUUCCCCAUGGCUGGGAUCCAGGCACAUCGCCAGGAUCAAAUUCAAAUAGGCUUGAUAAUGGAAUAGUCGGGCAAGACGAUUUUCACGGGCUGCCCAGGAACCACAUUCCGGAAGAUGAGAUGCCGCCCGAGAUUGCCGUCCGGAAGAUUCAGCAUGACCUUGCCAUGGAUGGAACUCCGGCUCUGAACCUUGGGUCUUUCGUGACGACACACAUGGAUGAACAUGCCAGAGAACUUAUAGUAGACGGGUUGAGUAAGAACUUCGUCCAUUAUGAGUCGUACCCCAUCACCGCCGAUAUUCACAAUCGCUGUCUCAACAUGAUCGCCAACCUCUUCCAUGCCCCAGACUCGGGAAGGUCCAGCGACGCUGUCGGUACUAGCACAAUAGGCUCGUCCGAAGCUAUUUUGCUGGCGACACUCGCCAUGAAGAAACGCUGGGUCAACAGACAAAAGGUCGCUGGUAAGGAUUACAGUGCACCCAAUUUGAUUAUGAGCUCUACCAUACAGGUAUGUUGGAAAAAGGCGGCUCGAUACUUCGACAUUGAGGAGAGAUACGUCUUUUGCGCCCGCGAUUGCUACAUCAUUGACCCUCAGGCGGCUGUCGAACUUGUGGAUGAGAAUACGAUUGGAAUUUGCUCCAUUUUAGGCACAACCUACACUGGCGAGUACGAUGACAUCAAAGCCAUCAACGAUCUACUGAUCGAGAGGGACCUUGACGUUCCCAUCCAUGUUGAUGCUGCGUCUGGGGGAUUCGUCGCUCCAUUCGUUGAACCUGACCUAGUCUGGGACUUUCGCCUUGAAAAAGUUGUCUCAAUCAAUGUCUCUGGCCACAAGUAUGGACUUGUGUAUGCUGGCAUUGGCUGGGCCAUCUGGCGGAGUGCAGAAUACCUGCCCAAAGAGCUUAUCUUCGAAAUGAAUUAUCUCGGCACAGAGCAGACCUCUGUCACUCUCAACUUUUCCCGUAGUGCUUCACCCAUCAUCAGUCAAUACUACCGGCUAAUUAGCCUUGGUAUGGAAGGCUAUCGACGGGUCAUGGUGGACCUUUUCCGCGUAGCAGAAUACCUCGCCUUGCACCUAGAAGAGAUGGGCACGUUCAUACUUUUGUGCAAGAAACGCCAGCAGCGACUCCCACUCAUAGCAUUUCGCCUCGAUAUGACCAAUAACUACCAGUUCGAUGAGUUCACCUUGUCACACAAGCUGCGUCAACAGGGUGGCUGGGUAGUACCAGCGUAUACUAUGGCACCGCACAACGAAGACGUGAAGAUUCUUCGCGUGGUAGUGCGAGAAGACUUCUCGAAGGCCCGCUGCGAUGCUUUUAUUGUCGAUCUUCAUUUGGCUUUGCACUCCUUGAACAUGCAAAAUACAUCCACAUCGUUCAAAGUUACGUAG